UUGGUUCAAAGGAAGACACUCCCAGCAGUAAGGCCAACUGCUUAUUCCUUAUUUUGUAAGGAAUACUCCAAGGAUCAUCCUGGCUUUAAUCCUUCAAUAUGGAAAAUGGAGUGGGAGGCAGCUGGAGAGAAGGAGAAAGAGAGGUACGCAAAGAUGGUGAGGGAGAUGUCAGAAGAGGGGGGAAGUGGAUCAACAAAUGAUGAUCCCACUACUCAGAAGAAGACCAUUAGAACCCUUCUGAAGCAACUGGAAUGGACUAGUAGGCGAUUGGAAAAUAUGGGCUUGCCCAAUUUCGCUUUGGUGGCUGAAAAUAAUACUGUCCACAGCGUUGGAACAGGGAGGGGUCGAGAAUUCCUUGAUCGUGAGGAUAUUGAACCAAAUUUCAGCCGAUUUUGUAAUCAAGAUUAUUCUACUCCAGAGAAAUCAAAAGUCAAUGAGCUGCGAAAGACAGUUCAAGUACACAUGAACAAAUUAUACAGUUAG